UUGUUUAAACUCUUUGAUUGAAUAUAACGAGAAACAACAAUGGCUCCUCCAAUUCGGUUUCGUCUCUCACUCGUUGGGUUGCUCCUUCAUGCCAUUCUCCUGUUCUCUCAUUCGGUCAGAGCUGAUGACGAGGAAGAGCAACUUCUUGAAGGUCUUAACAGAUACCGAACAUCCUUAAAAUUGCCAGCCUUGAAAGAGAAUGACAAUGCAGACUGCUUUGCUGAUCAACUGGCUGAGCAAUAUAAAUCAAUGCCCUGCACCAACACGACCGGCGCCAACACUGUUCCAGGCACGGAGACCCAGUUAUCCAACUAUCCAGAUCUUCUGGCUAAAUGCCAACUAAACACAACCAACACAAAAGAUGGAAUGAUAAUGCCUGCUUGUGUUCCUGAUCUGGUCCCAAGUCUUGUACUCUCCAACUAUACAGACUCCCAGUACUCUGGUUAUCUCAAUGACAGUAAAUAUACUGGAGCUGGCAUUGGAUCUGAAGGAAACUGGAUUGUCGUCGUUCUGAAUACAGACACACCUGCUGGGAGUUUUGAGUCUAUAACCAGCUUGGCUCCCAAAAUUGGUGUAAUCUAUCCCUUAUUGACUUUGUUCUUGGGCUUCUUUCUUGUUUUAGUAAGCUGAAUUACUGAAGUAUAUAUAAAUUUUUUUUGUUCG